AUGAUAAACUUAGAGGGAUUUAGUGCCGAAUUUUCUAAUGAAACUAACAGUGUCUUCCAUGGGAAAAAUGAAAUAUUGUCGCGGAGAAAAAGGUUUCUUAUAUUUGAUGAAGGAAGCUCGUUUCAGAUUGUAUUUUGCUUAACAUACCCUCUAGUCAGCGCUAUUGGAGACAUUGUUUUAUUGGGGUCUACAGCCGCUUUGUCAUUCGAACUACCUCAAGAUCCUUACUCUCCUUUCAAUCACCACGCGGAUCCGUUGCAUAGACGAACUGAUUCGAAAUUUAUCUAUUACAUGGAUGAAGCAGGCAAGAUAAUCGACAAAAGACCUUAUAAAAACAAAUUCGUCGUAAAGCCAACAAUUGCAAAACGCAGUGUCGAUAGACUGAAAACUGUUGAAUUAAAAAAAGAACUCAAAAUAGACAGGAAGCAGAUGCACGCUUCGAAACACAAACGGGAGUUUUUGAAAAGCAAAAACAUGGAUAGACGUAGCGUCGAAUUUAACAGAAAUAGCCGCUCGGCGCUCUACCGUAAAAUAGAAACAAUGCUGGAGGGUCUCGGCGGGAGCGGCCGGCAGUGUAUGUUGAAAACUUUAUGCUUAGUUGGUCAGACCCGACAGCUUCCCCAGGGAUCUUUCUUCCAGGAAAUAUUGAGAGCCGUCUUCACAUUGCCUAAAGGAGAAAGCCAGAACGCCGACGAACAAGAAUAUGACAAAGCGCACUCCGCAGAAGAAUCAUGUGACGACCUUUACCCUGAAUGUGAACCUUUAGAUGAGGCAGGUCCUCGUGUUAUCAAAAAACAUGUUUACAAGUAA